AUGGCCCCCCUUGAGUUCCACACAACCACCCUUAUCAAUGAGACUGAGAAUCUUGAACUCAAGGACUAUUCCGCGAAGAUAGAAGAGUUCUUUGUGUACGACAUAGACGAAGGAGCCGAGAACUGUUAUACCUUGAAGUCCGAAGUCGUCUUAAGCCCCAAAUCCCUUGCCAGAAUUGUCGAGGAUUCCAAUGGUCUAUCCCUGAAGUACCGCUUCCACGGCAGCGAAGAAGAUGAGCAGACAAAGCUUGAGAAGAUCUCGGGUGGCCAUCAGGUUCAUCAAGAAGUCCGAACAAAUCCUCUCCAAGCCAACACCGCUCUGCAUCACUACUGUGGGAUCGCCGACAACGAUGCUGAGGACGCAGAAACGAUGCUCAAUGUUGGCAACGCGCCAGAGCUUUCCAGCUCAAAAGACCUGUUUUGGGAAAUGGUGAAUGGUCAGCCAAAGACAGAUGUAAAUGGUCAGACCGCCAAAGCAGGCCCAGGCCCGGCGCCUGUGAGUGGUACUUCGCCUCAGGGUGCAGCAAACGUCGUUAUGCUGUCAGGUCAGGCUCUAAAUAACCCCAGAUUUGCCCCCGCCACCCUCAAGGGCUACAAGGACAUGAUGAGCAUUUUAUCUCUGUUCAUGCUUCUUGCAUCAUUUGCCCUUGAGGAGGCUUCAAGAAAACUCGGACGCAAAAUUAGCCCAACUCAGGAUACCCCUCUUUACACGCAAACCAUUGCGGACGCAUACUUGAAGGCUCCCUUUGAUAAGACACUGAGAGGUAUCUUGAUUUGCUCAGCGGCAGGUGGAAACAGCAUCGAGAAGACCAUCCCGCGGGAUCAGGUGCAUAGAGACUUCCUAAGCGAGUUUGCAGAGGAUUUCAAAAUUGACGAAGACGCCUACAAAACUCUGGACAAGAUGCUGACCGAGUUCACGCGCUCGGUGGCUCGAGGGAAUGUUCAGGGGAGCCAAAAGGUCAACUUCGCCAUUGCCCGCCCAUGGAUCCCAAUCGAAAGAAUCCCGGGCUCGGGCUUUUCUAUGGUUAUUCCGAGGAUCAAAAUCUACUACAUCAGUGCGUCGUCUCGCAGCUUUACAGAGAUCGUUGGGGCGGGGAAGAAUCGCAGCAGUGAAGAGAAAGUGAAACUUGAAUUUCAGUAUACUGCGCAAAUAUGUGACCUGAAUGAAGAUGUCUGGGAUUGCCAGAAGGCGAAAAUCGAUAACGGUUUUAGGUACAUGACUGGGAAGAGCUUUGACGAAGUCCGGGACUCCACUGGCCAAACUGUGAUUAUUUGA